CUCUCCCUGCAUGCCUCCCUCUGCCCUUUCUUUUUCUUCCUGACUCCUCCUUGCCCUCCUCCCUCACUCGUCAUCUGCUGGUCACUCACUUCUCCUCUUGCUCACUCGUGGGUUUCUGCUGAGUGCACACUUGAACACACGCUUUCGCUCUCUGACUCAGCUGCUGACCUGGUGGCCGCUGCCGGCAUUCUGCCCACUCUGUCCCCGCCCUUUGCUCUUCGAGAAGCCUCUGCGCAGUGCCCAAGUCCUGGGUGGCUUGAUUUGGAGGUUCCUGUGUUAUCUAUUGGAGGUUCCCUAGGGUCAGUGCAUUUCCUCCUGGGGGUGACUUGGCAGUGAUCAGCUCUGUUUCUUCACUUCUGCAAUUGCCAGACGGCAGCACAGAGGCUGCGGCCAGGCUGGACCCAGGGACACAAUAGACACUACAGCCAAGCCACUGCCGCUGCUGCAGCUGGGGGAAGACCCAGGUUUUACAGAUUCCCGAAGCUUAAACAACCUGAGGGGACCCUCUCUGAGGAAAAAAUACCAAAUUACAAAUACACAGUUAGAUAUAGAACAUGGAAUCUUAAGCAUCCAGGACUUGGCAGUAAAUCUGCCUCAAGUUAUUUUUUUUUCUUCAAGUUUUAUUUAGAUGUUGCGUCUCCAAGGCACCAUCCCUGAGCAUUCUGUUUUAAGUAGCUCCUUACCCAGUCCUAACCAGGCCCUGGUGAGGCAAGUGUGCAGGAGGCGGAGAGACCAAGAAAAAUAACCUAGAGCAGUGAUGGCGAACCUUUUAGAGACCGAGUGCCCAAACUGCAACCUGGAACCCAUUUUCUUUUAAUCGCAAAGUACCAACACCGCAGUCAAACCUGAACACUGAGGUUUCAGUUUAUUUUUAUUAUUUUAUUUUAUUGAGGUUUUAGUUUAGGAAAAAAUCAUACUCCUGGCUCACCGGCUUGCGGGCUGUGCAUGCCGCUGCAGCUCAUGUGCUAUAGUUUCACCACCACUGACCUAGAGGAACGGAGGCUUGAGCGGUCUUAAAAAGAGAUCUGGGAGUCAACCAGGCCGGGAGGAGAAAGAAGGGAUCCCCUGCAUAACAGGCACCCGAAACAGUGGGAACAGCCUCUCUGGGAGCCCGCAGGGCCAGCGGAGACCCUACUGGUUUGAUUUUGGGUGGUUUCAUUGACACACAGUCCACUGGGCAAUAAGUUUAGGGCGAGGGACAAGGGAGGAGUCAUAUGGGGACCAGGACCCCGGACUGAUCAGAUUAGCAGGAAUGGGAAAAGCACGUGUUGGACCCCAGAGGCUCCAAGGGCGAUGGCUUUGGCAAAGCAGGGGCUCCUUCCAAGACGAGCCACUGAUUCUGCAGCUGGAAGGAAGCAGCCUCCCUCUCCUGGGACCCUGACAGAGGCCACAUGGACUGCGGGCUUGGAGUGAGGCACUGCCAGGACCCUAUGAGGAGCUGACUCUUGCAGCCCAGAGCCAUGGAGUUAAACAGCUCUUCCCGGGUGGAUUCUGAGUUUCGAUACACACUCUUCCCAAUUGUUUACAGCAUUAUCUUUGUGCUGGGGAUCAUCGCCAAUGGCUAUGUGCUAUGGGUCUUUGCCCGCCUAUACCCUUCCAAGAAACUAAAUGAGAUAAAGAUCUUCAUGGUGAACCUCACGGUGGCUGACCUGCUCUUCCUGAUCACCUUGCCUCUGUGGAUCGUCUACUAUUCCAACCAGGGCAACUGGUUUCUACCCAAAUUCCUUUGUAACCUGGCUGGCUGCCUCUUCUUCAUCAACACCUACUGCUCUGUGGCCUUCCUGGGAGUGAUCACCUAUAACCGCUUCCAGGCAGUGAAAUAUCCCAUCAAGACUGCUCAGGCCACCACCCGCAAGCGAGGCAUCGCUUUGUCCUUGGUCAUCUGGGUGGCCAUUGUGGCUGCUGCAUCUUACUUCCUUGUCAUGGACUCCACCAACGUAGUGUCCAAUAAGGCAGGCUCGGGCAACAUUACUCGUUGCUUUGAGCACUAUGAGAAGGGCAGCAAGCCUGUCCUCAUCAUCCAUAUCUGCAUUGUGCUCGGCUUCUUCAUUGUCUUCCUUCUCAUCCUCUUCUGCAACCUGGUCAUCAUCCACACGCUGCUCAGGCAGCCAGUGAAGCAGCAGCGCAAUGCUGAGGUCAGGCGCCGAGCGCUGUGGAUGGUUUGCACGGUUCUGGCAGUGUUUGUCAUCUGCUUUGUACCACACCACAUGGUACAGCUGCCCUGGACCCUGGCUGAGCUGGGGAUGUGGCCAAGCAGCAACCACCAGGCUAUUAAUGAUGCACAUCAGGUCACCCUCUGCCUCCUUAGCACCAACUGUGUCUUAGACCCUGUCAUCUACUGUUUCCUCACCAAGAAGUUCCGCAAGCACCUCAGCGAAAAGCUUAAUAUCAUGCGCAGCAGCCAGAAAUGCUCCCGGGUCACCACUGACACAGGCACUGAAAUGGCCAUUCCAAUCAACCACACUCCUGUCAAUCCCAUCAAAAAUUAGUUCCUGCUUGCUGGGGUCAGGCCCAAAGUCUUCUGUUCCAUAAGGGGUAUCUGCUGUAGUCACCUCCUCCCUGGGCACUGGUGGCCCAUGAAGUAUAAAGCCUACCUCACACACAGGCAGGGACAAUGGCCAUGCUGGACUGCUAGAAAAUCCAGAACUUGAACGAGUACCUUCACCCCCUUUGCACACAUCAUGACCUGAUCCUGAGCCUCUGGGUCCGAUGAAGCUAAGAGGAAUCUGAGGGUCAGGGGACAGACUCUGAGCCAUUCCCAGGUUGCCCUACUAGGGUAGUAGCCUAAAGCCCUUAGGCAAUGACUCCCAAGUGCUCAGACAGUGGAAGUGGCCUGGUAGAAUCUUCUGAUUCCGCCAGCAAACCUGUCCCAAAUGACAACUACAGAAAAGAAAACAUGAACAGAGCAAAAGCUAAGACAUGAGCUUGUUUCCUGCACAGGAUUUGCCUCAAGCUUGGGUCAGUCCUGAGGGGCUGGGAGAGAGAGAGCCUCUCCUUCAUUUUCCUGCCUUACUAACAGACCCUGAGUGAAGACCUUCAGUGGGGCAGAACGUCUCUUUAAAGCAAAAUUUGAGAGCACACCAGCCAGGGCAAGUCCAGAGGCUUCCAUGGGAACAGCGCCUACUCAGGAAAGAGCCUGAGGUUUCUGGUUGGGAAAAAUCUGCUCCUUCUCUGGAAGGCCCUCUCUGCCUAAUUUCCAGGAAAUAGAAGGGACAGUUACACAGGCUGGUGGGUGUCAGCUUCUCCAGUAUUUCUAAGACAGCUGCCUGUCAUUUUUGAUAAGCAUUCAAAUGAGACGCUCUCCUUCCUUUAGCCAAGAACUUGCAGUGUGAGCCCUGCGGCCUCAGACAUGGGGUGUCCAGUGCUCCUCUGAGAACUUCCUUCCAGCCAUUGUCGCACUAAUUUGGGACUUUUCUGCCUGCCAGGCAACACUGGAUUGCUAAUUUUGAUACAUAGUUCCCCAGGGGCUAGUAACCUGCUUGGGUCUGGGAGAGUAGCUGUGCACUGGCUCUAGCUGAUGGUGACCGUACCCGGUGGCCAGAGCAGCACACUCAAGCGUUGGUGUCACACAGACCCAAGUUCAGUCUUGGCUUUGUCACUUCCUGCCGAGUGGCUGGGGACUCAAUUUUCUACCUCUUAGUGUUGUUGCCUGUGAGGUAAAACCUACCUCCCUGAGGUGUUCGGGCAGCAAAUGCCGAGAAAGGCACCUCUUGGUCAGGGUGACUGCAUCCCAGACCCUCCCUUUGACUGAGAAUGUGGACCCUUCAGUCCUCCGGUAGAGGCUGAAACAGUAAAGGGUGGCACCUGGAUGUGGGGAUGCUGCUUCAGGCUUUGCAGACCACUCACCUAAGAUAUAUGGACUCUCGAACUCUGAGAGAGCGACAGAGACAGACACAGACACAGACACAGAGACAGAGAGACAGAGACAGAGAGGCAGAGAGAGAAGGGGGAGUGGGGUGGGUGUGUGCAGGAGUACUGCACCUGCGUGAUUGUGAUAGAGAAAAUGACUCUGCUCACAGAAUAAAUUUUCAGAGCAAAGCAGAAGGCAGGGAGAAAUGACAGGAGCAUGGAGGGAAGAGGGGACAGAUCUUGCAGGGGCCUGCUGGGUGACUGUCCUCUACACGCCUUCCAUUGUGUCCCAUGAGAGUCUCUUGUCCGGACACCUUACUUAGUUGCUUAAGCUGAUUUGAAUGAGUGUCUAUUACUGGCAGCCCGCAGAGCAGCAGAUAAAGUGUAAGUCUAUGUGCUAACAUUGCACAGUGUUUCCUGAACAUCAGCCAUUUGCAUCUCUCCUUGCAAGCUUUGUAAUGUCCACGCACCGGCUGUGUGUUUACUUAAUAAAUACUUUUUCUUUAAAUCCA